AUGGCCAGCAAAAGAGUGAAAAGGAGAGGACAACAAAUAUGGGAUGAAGAGACAGAGAGCCCCAAAAAUGUGACACAAGAUCUGCAAGCUGCUAAAGAAGUAGAGAAGCAUGUAGGAGAAGACCAGAGAAUGGAAGAUGAAGAUCAUGUGUCCAGCAAGGAGAGUGAACAGUGUGAUGAGACGGCUCUGUUCAGUGGGAAAUCAAAAAAGUACAAAUCCAGGGAUUCUGAUUAUUCCAGCUCCACCUCCAGCUCCAUCUCCAGUUCCACCUCCAGUUCCUUGCUUUCAUCUACUUCAUUCUCCAAAAUGAAGAAACCCCACAAGAAGAGUAAAAAGAAGCAAUGUCAUCCUUUGGCAUUGGCAAGAGCUCGCACAACUGAUGAUGUGGUACAUCGGUACCACAAAGUCCUGAAGGCCUACAAGAGUCAGGGGAGCAUGACUAAGGCCUUUAAAAUUGUAGGUGUGGAUCGGAACACACUGGCGCUGUCUGCUCCCCUGGCAGAAAUUGCAAUUGCAUGUCCAAAAUUCUUAAAGAGCCUUCCACCAUUUAACCUCAAAAAAGAGAAGCUUUUAGACUACUCUAAGCGUUGUGCGGAGUCAAUGACUCCAGAGGUCAGCACUAAAAUUGAAGAGCUAAAAGCUAAAGGCAAGCUUCUGCCAAUCAAGUACAAAUACAGAUAA